ACCCAGAAAGAAAAGGUUCUCCAAUGGCGACUACGCCACUUCUGUUCACGAGUAGUGGCCAUGCUGCUGAAAAACCAGAGCAGGGUAAGAACAGGGGGAGGAAACCCAGCAAAGCUCAGGUGACCCAGAAGAAACUGCCACAAAGAGGCAUGGGCGUGGAGAAACUGGAGCGCCUCAGGCUCCAAGAAAGGUGGAACAAAAUGACGGAAGAAGAAGAUGCCAAUGCUUCCCAGCUCGGUCAAUCCGGGGCAGUGAGCUACGGGAGUACUGCACCUUAUCCGAUCACCCAUUUUGCGGGCCCGAGUGAGAGUACUGUUCCUAUGCUUCUCGGUGCAGCGAGCUUCGGGGUUCCCACUGUGAAUGGUGGAGGCCGUGGGGAGUUCUGGGGUUGGGACAUGGGAAUGAUGGUACAGCAGAGGGUUGGGAAUGGCGGCGGGUUUAGUGGGUUUGUGGGUGGUCAGGGGUCGGGUCAGAUUUUGGGUUUGGUGGAGCAUUCCCAUCUGGGCAGUAGAGUUGGAGCUUCGGAUUUCAGGGUUCAGUUUGGCAGUGUUUUUGAGACCUCGAGAGAGCUCUCUUCAAUGCCAAAUUUACAGCAAUAUGUGCCUGCUGAGUACCGCUCUGAUGUCUAUUUCAAGAAGAAGCGAUUGAAUGUGGGGAACACAAGGCUGAAUGGAGGUUUCAAUGGAAUCUCACCUGUUUUACCCAUCAAUGGAGGACAAAUUUUUCCGGGAUUGCAUCUUCAAAACAAUCAAUAUUUGAAUGAAGGUCAGAUUCAGAUCAAUGGAUUUAGCCAAAGACAAAUUAGAGGACCAUCUGCUGGUUAUUCAUCAAGCCACACUGUUCCUGGAUUCCAACUUGAAAACAACACUCAAAACUUCAAUAGGGAUAAUCAGAUGAAUGGACUCACCCUGAAAGGACCAAGGACUAGCACUGCUACUCCAUAUUAUUCAUGCCAAAAUCCAUAUGAGGGUACUGGAAGUCAAGUUCUUGUGGAGUAUGAUUUCUUUCCAAGGGCAAGCAGCAGAAGCACUUCUUCCAAGGUAGAAGCUUCAGUUGCAGAAGCACUUAGGGGUGAGGCAUCUGAUCCUAAUUCUACUUAUGUUGAUUUGUCCCUCAAGCUUUGAUAUCAGGGUCAUACAGAAAAAAGUCGUCUGUUUUUUAUAGUAAGUUCUGUUACAUUGGUUUGGGUGUAAUUAAUUUAGUGCAUUUGA